AUGAGACAAGAAAACACUGGCUCGUCAUUAAACGGCGAUCCCAGUCGUCACAACCAGAGCAGUCAAAGCACGCGUCUCGAGCCUCCAGACAACUCUUCUCAAACAUCUGACCGACUCGCCGAGGAACUGGUUUAUUACCGAAGCUUUCUCGAACAGCUUCUAGGAGUAGUCCGCAAUGGAGAUCAGGAUACUGUCAACCAGAUGGUUUCCAUGAUACGUUCGGAUGCAUCCCACCAGCAAAUUCUGGCAGCCUUAUCUGAGAACUCCGCCAACGGCGGCCAGACUGCCCAAGGGGCCCGUGGUCGGAAUAAUCACAAUUCAAACUGA